AUGAGUUCAUUUCCAAUUUCACUUGCAGCAAUUUCGUCAGAUAUGGCCAUGGAAUUUAUAUCAUCCAUCGUACUAGAAAUUGGAAAAUGCUUGUUGGGACCAGUGUUCGAAGCGGUUGGGCAGCGUGUUAAUUAUGUGGUUAAGGUGAAGGAAAACAUUGAGCAGCUCAGCAAACAAGUCCGGGAACUGGAGAAAACGAAAGAAUCCGUUGAAAACUUGAUAAAGCAAGUAGAGAGGAAGGGAGAAGACAUCAAGGAUAGUGUUACGAAAUGGCUUGAAGAUGUGAAGUCUAUUGUAGAUGAAACAAAUAGUUUCAUUAAUAAUGAAAUUAAGGAGAAUGGCAGUUGCUUUAAGGGCUUGUAUCCUAACUGUGGCUCACGCUACCAGUUAAGUAAGAAAGCAGGGGAGAAGAUGAAACGCAUUAAAGAGCUUCAAGAAGGUGGCAGGUUUGAUGUUGUAUCUGAUCCAGCUCCUCCUCUUGGUAUAGAAUUCAUGUGUGACAGAGAUUUUCAGAUGUUUAAGUCCAGAGAGUUAGCAAUAAAGGAAAUCAGAGAGGCAUUGAGAGAUGAAAAUGUCCAUGUCAUUGGGGUUUAUGGGAUGGGAGGUGUGGGCAAAACAACUCUGGUUAAGGAAAUUGGCAAACAAGUGGAGAAAGAGAAGCUUUUUGACAAGGUCGUGAUGGCUGUGGUGUCCCAAGAUCGAAACUUGAAACAAAUUCAAGGUGAGAUUGCAGGGAUGUUACCCUUAGAAUUUGAAGAAAAAGAAGAUGUACUGGAAAGAGCACAGAAGCUAUCAAGAAAGUUGCAAAACGAGAAGAGUAUUCUUAUUAUCUUAGAUGAUAUGUGGGAUUACUUAGAUUUGAAGCAAUUGGGGAUCCCUUUGGAUUUGGAUGACAACAACCAGAGGGAGAGGAGGGGGUGCUGCAAAAUCCUACUCACAACCCGAAGCCAAGAUGUAUGCCAUGAGAUGAAGACCAAUUUGGUAGUAUUAAAAACUUACAAGACAAAGAUGUUCUCAUUUCUCCCAUUUGGUUCUUUUUCCCUCAAAAAUCCGAUACCAAAUUCUUAA